AUGGCCACAGCCCCCUGGCAUGAACCACUGCCGAUCAGGACGGAUGGUUUUUAUUCGGGUUCAGUCGAAGACAAUUGGGCCGCAGUGGAUAUAGAUGGUUGGAACCGCGGCAAAGCACUGCUCUUUGAUAAGUUGUGCAAGGACCCAGAUGUCUCUGUUGUUGACAUCGAGGACCUUGCGUCGGGCGAGCUUAAACCACACGGUCUAAAAUAUCGAUACACUGGCGAGUUCACAAGCGAGCAAACAGCACCCGAACACGCUCACCAUGAUCACAACGGCCAGUGGCAAGGAAACCGUCAUUACCUAUACAAAUUGGACUUUUUGGUCCGAGAGAGGUAA